AUGACGAUAGAAGAGGACAAGAUGCGAUUGGGUUUUGUGUCUGUUAAUUCGGCUUACCUGUGUAAAUACAGCGAAACCAAGACAAGUUCAUUUUUUGCGAAUCGUGCUCGUUUGGAUUCAGUGACUUCAUCCUAUAGUCAUCACUGGGAGCCUAUGCAACAUCGUGUGGUUGAUAUCGUCCAAUUGGACGAUAGAUCAUUUGGUAAAGGCAUAUGGAUACAGACAAACUUGUCUCUCGUAGCUGUAUCCAUCAUGUUUCAAUAUGACGACCAGUUUGGGUUGUUCCUGCGCAACAUGUGA